AUGCCUAAUAUUCAAGAUAUUAUUGAGGAAUGGGAAAAAAAUAGUUAUACCCGAUAUAUGUUAACCGAUUAUGGUUUAAACUAUAUCAAUAAUCUAAAAACACCAAAGGCAUGGUUACGAUUUGCGAAGUAUCAUCCACCCGAAUAUAUACGAAGACAUUUAUUAAUACUAGGAUAUGAUAUUAAUAGAAAGGUUCAUUGGAGAAACUUUGUAUUUCGUAUUAAAAAUAAUUUAAUCAGAAAUGAAUCCAUAGCCAAUAACUCUGAAUUUAGAGAAUUUAAAACCCAAUAUGCAGUAAUUAAAUGGCUUUAUCGAGUUAAUGGACCAUUUGUAAAACAUGCUCAAGAUCAGUAUUAUCAAAAUGCUAAUAAACUUGAGAAUUGCCAAAAGAAUGUGGAAAUAUUAGAUCAAGCUAAUUCCCUUGGUACUGUUUCCAAUUUGCCGUUAACUGAUCCCAAGGAGGCCUCCCAAUCAACUGGAAUUUUACCUUUGAUGGGCGAAACAUUCGUACUAUCUUCACCACCUAUACAGAUGAAAGGGAUCGAGGAACCGGAAGAGGAAGAAGAAAUGAGCGUUGAUGGUGAAGAACAAUCUGAUACCAGCAGUAAAAACGUUCCAAUGAAG